AAAAAAAAAAAAAAAAGAAGGAGAAAGACAUCAGAAGCUGUAAUUUGUUUUAAACACUCUUUUGUCUGCUCCUACUCCUGCCUGUUCCUUAGCCACCGCAACACCUCUGUUAAGCUCGUCUUCUGUUUCUCCACUGUUAUCAUCAGCUGUCGCAAACGCAGGAUGGCUUAAAACGCAUUUCAGAAGCUGCGUUCCUCUCAAGGCGUUUGUGAGCGGUAAGUGUCCUAAAGGCGUUUCAUCGUUAAGCUCCCACUUGAAUUCGUCAGGAAACGCUCUGUAAUUGUAUUGAACAACCUCUGUGUCAAGAAGCUUCAUCCACUCAACUUUAACGAAGAAUCUUGUGAAAUCUUUCUUCACUUUUAACCAGAUUUUGCGUUGCACGCUGUAUCCGAAUCUACCAUCACUGUGUUUAAUCCAUAGAUUGUCGAUAGCUUGAAGAUCUUCGGGGGAGAUUGUUUUCACCUCGGAGAAGAAAACGUAGCCACGUUUCACGGCGGCUUCUCCGGAUAUCUGAAUGAGUAAUCUCCGUGUCUCCUCGUCGGCUUGUCUGAAGUUUUGAUUGACGAGAUGGUUCUCCAGAACGUCGAAUAUGGUCGCGGUUUCGGCAGUUGUGGCGGAGGCGUUUGUGGUUGAAACGGCAGAUACGGCGGUGGUGGAGGAGGAGGUGGAAGAAGCAGAGCAGAUUAGUGAGAAUGUUGCGGCGGAAGUGGGUUGUUUGAGGGAAAGAGAAGUUGGUCCGAAGUGAGAUUGGCAAUGGAGAUUGUUGCGGUGGUGUGUGUAAGAAGGAGAGGAGUGGUGGUGGUGGUGGAGAGAGUUUGUGGUCGCCAUUGAUGGAGAGGAAGAGAGAGAAGAGUCACGUCAGGGGAAGAUAGAGAGUGAAGUUGGAGAGGUUAAAGAAGAAGAGAAAGAUAAGGUGUGUGGAAAAUCAGGAACUACUAAGCGGGGUCGAUUCUGAUUGGUCACUUAUGGCUCAGGAUCAACAUAGAACUCUGAUGGCGCCAUCUUUGAAGAAGAGCCGUCGAUGAUUUUUUCGUCAUUGAGACUUAUAUAAAACAAUCACUGAGAGCGAUUUUUCAAAAUUCUUUACGCCGGGAUCAAGUAGAGAAAAGUAAUCGAAGGUUUUGUUAGUGCUGGCAGUCACCGUCGCCAUUUUUUGAAAUUCUUAGAUCGAAACUGUUUGGCGGGAGUUGUGAGAAACGGUGGCGAUUGACGAAGAACUUGUUAUAAGGAGUUGGGUUUUGGUAGAUUGUGGUGAUUCUUCGAUCGGAGGAUAAGGUGUUUGAUUGAAAGAGCAGAUUGAUUAAGGCGUGUUUUGGGGCUGAGGAAAUGGGUCGCAGCAGUUCGAAGAAAAAGAAGAAACGAGGAGGUAGCGGAAGAAGGGGUCAGCUGAAAGACCAUGGAUCUAAUGCUGAUGAAGAUAAUGAACUUCUAUCUGAGGAGAUCACUGCUCUCUCUGCAAUAUUUCAAGAGGACUGCAAAGUUGUUUCUGAUUCGCGUUCGCCUCCGCAAAUAGCAAUCAAGCUCAGGCCGUACUCAAAGGACAUGGGAUAUGAAGACACCGACAUAUCUGCUAUGCUUAUAGUUAGGUGCUUACCAGGAUAUCCUUACAAGUGCCCCAAGCUUCAGAUUACUCCAGAACAAGGGUUGACAACAGCUGAUGCUGAGAAGCUUUUAUCUCUUCUCGAGGACCAGGCAAAUUCCAAUGCUCGUGAAGGUCGGGUUAUGAUAUUCAACCUGGUGGAGGCUGCUCAAGAGUUUUUAUCAGAAAUCAUUCCGGAAAGUCAUGAUGAGGAAUCUGUUCCAUGCUUGACUGCACAUCGAAGCACUCAGUUCAUUGAGCAACCUAUGCUUUCAAAUAUAGCAAAAUCCUGUUCUGGUGGACCUUUUGUGUAUGGUUUUAUAGACCUAUUUAGUGGCUUGGAAGAUGCAAGAAAUUGGAGUCUGACUCCAGAUGAAAAUAGGGGAAUCGUAUCUUCAGUACAAUCUCACCCACUAGACACUUCAAGAAUUUUGCAUCAGAAGCCAGACAAGAAUCUGAAGCGAUUUGAAGACCAUGCUAAAGAAGAAGUUGCACUGCCUGCUCCCAUUGCCAAACUGAAUACUGUUCAAGAGGAGAAUGUUGAUGAUACAAGCAUCUCUUCUUUUGACUCAAGUAAAUCUACUGACGAUGUGGAAUCUGGAUUAUUCCAAAAUGAGAAGAAGGAAUCAAAUCUUCAAGAUGAUACAGCUGAAGAUGACAGCACUAACUCCGAAAGUGAGUCGCUGGGGUCAUGGUCUUCUGAUUCCUUAGCUCAAGAUCAAGUGCCUCAGAUUAGCAAGAAAGAUCUGUUGAUGGUCCAUUUACUUCGAGUAGCUUGCACUUCCCGAGGACCUUUGGCUGAUGCAUUACCUCAGAUAACUGAUGAACUGCAUGAGCUUGGUAUAUUGUCUGAAGAAGUGUUGGAUUUAGCUUCCAAAUCAUCUCCAGACUUUAAUAGAACCUUUGAACAUGCAUUCAAUCAAAACAUGGCCUCAACCAGUGUUCCUCAGUUUUGGGAGCCACCUUCUGAUUCUUGCGAGCCAAAUGCAUCACUCCCAAGCUCGCGAUAUCUCAAUGAUUUUGAAGAGUUGAAACCCCUUGGCCAAGGUGGUUUCGGCCACGUUGUGUUGUGCAAAAAUAAACUGGAUGGAAGACAAUAUGCAGUGAAGAAAAUUCGACUGAAGGACAAAGAGAUACCUGUCAACAGUCGGAUAGUUCGAGAAGUAGCAACACUUUCCCGUUUGCAGCAUCAGCAUGUUGUACGUUACUAUCAGGCCUGGUUCGAAACAGGAGUUGUUGAUCCCUUUGCUGGCGCAAAUUGGGGAUCAAAAACUGCAGGGAGUUCAAUGUUCAGCUACUCAGGUGCAGUGUCAACUGAAAUUCCUGAGCAGGACAAUAAUCUUGAGUCGACUUAUCUAUAUAUUCAAAUGGAAUAUUGUCCCAGGACUCUCCGCCAGGUUUUUGAAUCAUAUAACCACUUCGACAAAGACUUUGCAUGGCAUUUAAUUCGCCAAAUUGUGGAAGGCUUAGCUCAUAUCCAUGGACAAGGAAUAAUUCAUCGGGAUUUUACACCUAACAAUAUUUUCUUUGACGCUCGGAAUGAUAUUAAAAUUGGGGAUUUUGGUCUUGCAAAGUUCUUGAAGCUGGAACAGUUGGAUCAAGAUGGGGGUUUCUCUACGGAUGUGGCUGGAAGCGGAGUCGAUAGUACUGGUCAAGCUGGUACUUACUUUUACACAGCACCUGAAAUUGAGCAAGAUUGGCCUAAGAUUGAUGAAAAGGCCGACAUGUAUAGCUUAGGGGUUGUGUUCUUUGAACUUUGGCAUCCUUUUGGAACCGCCAUGGAGAGACACGUUAUUUUAACUAACCUGAAGCUGAAAGGGGAGCUACCUCUCAAAUGGGUAAAUGAAUUUCCCGAACAGGCGUCUCUACUGCGGCGUUUGAUGUCUCCAAGUCCAUCUGAUCGUCCCUCUGCCACAGAACUUCUUAAGCAUGCAUUUCCUCCCAGAAUGGAAUCUGAGUUACUGGACAAUAUUCUAAGAAUAAUGCAAACUUCUGAAGAUUCAAGUGUUUAUGAUAGAGUAGUAAGUGUGAUAUUUGAUGAAGAAGUAUUAGAGAUGAAAAGCCAUCAGUCUAGUAGAUCGAGACUCUGUGCAGAUGAUAGUUAUAUUCAAUACACAGAGAUAAAUACAGAGCUUCGUGAUUAUGUUGUUGAAAUAACAAAAGAAGUCUUUAGGCAGCAUUGUGCGAAGCAUCUAGAGGUCAUACCAAUGCGCUUACUUAGUGAUUGCCCCCAGUUUAGCAGGAAAACUGUAAAGCUUUUGACCAAUGGAGGAGAUAUGCUUGAACUAUGCUAUGAGCUACGACUGCCUUUUGUGCAUUGGAUAAGCGUAAAUCAGAAAUCCUCAUUCAAGCGAUAUGAAAUAUCUCAUGUCUACAGGAGAGCAAUUGGCCAUUCUCCACCAAAUCCGUGUCUUCAGGCGGACUUUGACAUUGUUGGAGGCACACUAUCCCUGACAGAGGCAGAAGUUCUCAAGGUGAUAGUAGACAUCACAACCCACAUCUUUCAUCGCGGAUCUUGUGACAUUCAUUUGAAUCAUGGAGAUUUGCUGGAUGCGAUUUGGUCCUGGGCAGGAAUUAAGGCAGAGCAUAGACGAAAGGUUGCAGAGCUUCUUUCCAUGAUGGGAUCCUUGCGUCCUCAGUCAUCUGAGCGGAAGCUAAAAUGGGUUUUCAUAAGGCGUCAACUUCUUCAGGAGUUGAAGUUACCUGAAGCUGUUGUCAAUAGACUGCAGACUGUUGCUUCAAGGUUUUGUGGAGAUGCAGAUCAAGCACUUCCUCGUUUAAGAGGGGCUCUGCGUGCUGAUAGACCUACCCGCAAAGCACUCGAUGAGUUGUCAAACCUCUUAACCUACCUGAGAGUCUGGAGGAUAGAAGAGCAUGUUCAUAUUGAUGUUCUGAUGCCACCAACUGAAAGUUAUCACCGGAAUUUGUUUUUUCAGGUUUUCUUAACCAAAGAAAAUAGCUCUGGGACAUCUAAUGAUGGCGUUUUACUUGCUGUUGGUGGUCGUUAUGAUUGGUUGGUGCAGGAAGUGUGUGAUCGUGAACAUAAAAUGAACCUCCCUGGUGCUGUUGGAGUUAGUCUUGCACUGGAGACAAUAUUUCAGCAUCUUCCUAUGGAUCUAAGGCCUAUUAGAAAUGAAGUCAGCACCAGUGUACUUGUUUGUUCAAGAGGAGGUGGUGGUUUACUGGUCCAGCGCAUGGAACUAGUUGCGGAACUAUGGGAAAAAAGUAUAAAGGCUGAGUUUGUUCCAACACCUGAUCCAAGUCUUACUGAGCAGUACGAAUAUGCAAAUGAACAUGAAAUCAAAUGUCUAGUGAUCAUCACAGAGUCUGGAGUAGCUCAAAAUCAAAUAGAGUUUGUAAAGGUUCGUCACCUUGAACUGAAGAAGGAGAAAGUGGUAGGAAGAGAAGAACUUGUCAAAUUUCUGCUGGAUGCAAUGGCUGUUCAAUUUAGAAACCCCUCUGUUUGGAGCUAAAGAGAGUAAAUAAAGAGCCACUUUUUGCUUGGUGAAAAUAUUAUUUGCCACUCAACAGUCACAAAUUUUGAUCAUUCACAAUCUUAAUGUGCAUAUAUCUUGGUAUUGGUCAGUUACAUUCAUAUGUGUACACUAGCCCAACCUCACAUCAGUUUAAUACUACUGAAACUGAGGGUGCAAAUGGUUAACAUGUAAAUGAAUAUGAUUAGAAAUUUUAGUGGGAUAAAUUGGGAUGGAUAAUGCAUGAAUAAUCAUGGAA